AUGUCAUCCUCAGAGAAGUCACGAAAAAUGCAGGACAUUCUCAAAGAUUUGUGUGCAUUCAAUCCGAUGACAGCCCUACCACUUGAUCGACUGCCUCAUGAUUGUUACAUGAUUUCGGUGGGUGGUUUAACAAACAUGGGAGACAUUAAAGAAUUAAAAAGAAUGGUAGAUGAACAGCAAAUUUCAUCCCAAACUGAAGUUGAAAAUCAAGCUGAAUAUGGACUGAUGAACUCCGAAAACAUGGAAUCCUUCUUAGAGCUUAUUGAAUUGGCCGGAAGUACCGAACAAUUAGAAAAUGAACGAAAAAGUCACUAUGUUUAUGAAGACAACUUCAACUCGCAGUUGAAGAAUAUGAUUAAGUCGACAGCAUCAUUCCAAUACCUUGUAAACGUUUGUUACCGCUAUGAAAAAACUUCAACAGCCAAUGUCGAUAAAGUUAUGGCAGCGCACAACAGGCGUGCUGUUGAGACAUACUUGUAUUUCGUUGAAAAAAACGUGACGAAGGACGAAGCAAAAGCGAUGGCUUUCGCCCUUUCAUUCUAUACUGGUGCGAAAAGUGAAACAUGCAGUCGUGGAGCUAGUCUUAUUGCUCGAAAGGGCAAUGACGUACAGAUUGAAGAGAAAACAGUCAACGAACUGGAAGAAGCAGCCAUCAUUCUCUACUAUUUAGUCAAAGCACUUUCUUACAUACCUUUCUACUGGGGUUAUGUCACUCGAGCUUGCCGGUUAACAUUCGACGAAAUACAGAUGUAUUAUCCAGGUCGAGUGGUCACUUGGAUUCAAUUCAGUAGUUCCAAAAAGGGUAAACAGGGACAUGAUUCAAACGCUUUCAAAGAGCGGAAUAUUCUUUUCAAGAUUUAUUCUUUAACUGGUCGUCUUAUUCGACGAUUUUCUAAUUAUGACGAUGAAGACGAAGUAUUAUUUCUUCCACAUUCAACAUUCAUUGUAUUUAAUCGCAAAGUUUACUCGGCGGAGCAGAAACAAGUUAUCUAUAUGCGACAAGUAGAAUUAGGUUUUUGCAAAUGGUCCGUAUUAUGGGUGGAUGAUCAAAUAUUCGACGAAAACUGGGAAAAUAAGGAACAUAUGGAAUAUGCAGCAAUUCAAGCACUUGAUUUAAAUGUACAUUUUAUUCCAAAAUCUUCUACCGAUAGUGCUCUGUCAUUUCUUCGAUCGGCAUUUGGACAACGUCUGAAAAAUCAGGAUAAAUUUCGUAUUGUCACUGAUAUGAAUCGUGAAAAUGAAGUUCCCAUUCACAAUGCGGGUGCUCGAUUAAUCAAGGCAGUGCGACAAAUGGGAUUCAAAAAUGAAUGCAUGGUUUUCACCAGUGAUAAGAAAAAAGCAGAGCGAAUUCUUAGUUCGGAACUUAGCUCCAGGGAACAGCAGGGCGUUAUAGUGUCAACUUAUACUGAAGACUUACGAAAUUUCGUUAAUUUUGAUCGCCCAAGAGAGCAGAAGACGGGUAAGAAGAUAAGCGUUUUUGCUAGUCAUGCCUGUUAG